AUCUGUCAAACCCAAGACACUAGUGAGUAUUUUUAAUAUCUAUCUAACCAAGAGAAAACAACUAAAGUGGUUUGUCCAGGCCAAGAAUUGUUCAAAAUUCGGUUGCUCUCAUAAACAAUAGAAGGAUAUUUUUGAUCGACUAUUCAUCCACAAUUCGAAGAGCCUUCUUACCAAUUUCUCCUCCGUUCUUUCCAUUUGGCAUUACAUGAAAAAGCUGCUAAGUGUCUCAAAGGUGACUCUUAAAACAUUUUUUUGCCUCUGUUCUUGAUUUCUCUCUAUUGAGUUAAUCGAUCAACUGGGUUACGAUCAAUAUGUAGAAUUCAUCGGUUAAUCAGUUGCUUCAUCCUUUAUUUAAGCUAUAAAAUAAAUAAGAUGGGUGUGUAUGUGGGUGUUUUGCUUAUCUGGGUAUUGUCCACCACCUGUUUGAUCAAUGUCUCCUUAGGAUUUGAUCCCGUGGAUAACUAUCUGAUCGACUGUGGAUCGCUCGCAAAUACACAUGUGGGUGAUCGAGUCUUCGUAGCUGAUGUUUUCAAUUCCAGUAUUCUUUCGACUCCACAAAAUAUAUAUCUCACUACAAAAUCCAAUUCCAUUUCAUCCACCUUUGAUUUAGCUUUAUAUCAAACUGCAAGAAUUUUUAACGGAACUUCCCAAUACACCUUUUCGAUUAAGAAGCAAGGGUUCCACUGGAUUCGGCUUUAUUUCUUCCCUUUUGUUGAUGGAAAUUAUAAUCUAAGCAUGGCCAAGUUCUCUGUUUCAGCCCAAAGUUUCACCCUCCUCAGCGAUUUCCAACCACGGAAUGAUCCUGUAGUUAAAGAGUUCUCAUUGAAUGUAACUUCUGAUGAUCUUGUUCUAACUUUUACUCCUUCUCAAAAUUCAUUUGCUUUCUUAAAUUCGUUGGAAAUCGUUUCCAUCCCCGAUGGACUCUUUCCCGUUGGUGCUAGAACCAUUGAUCCUCCCGUCAAAUACCAAACUUUCUUGACAGAAGCAAUGGAGACUGUUGCCAGGGUGAACAUGGGUAACCAUUCAGUUUCCCCACAAAAUGAUACGUUAUGGCGACUUUGGGUUUCCGAUGAACCUUAUCUGGGUCAUGUCAAUCUUGUCACUUUUGUAUCGAAUAUGAGAGCUGUUAAUUACUCGACAAAAUGGCCUACUAGGGAUGUUGCUCCUCCUUCUGUCUAUGGCACCGCCACAAGGCUUAACUCACAACAGGAUCCUCUUACUAGGGUCAAUGUGACCUGGUCCUUUUCUGUUGAUCCCAAUUUUCAGUACAUGGUUCGGUUUCAUUUCUGUGAUAUAGUGAGUGUUUCCCCAGAGCAGCUCUUUUUCAAUGUUUAUAUCAACUCUUGGCUUGUUGCUUUGAAUCUUGAUCUUAGUAAUCUAACAUCGAACAUCUUGGGUACCCCAUAUUGUAUGGAUGUUGUCACAACGUCAAGCGAAGGUCAAGUCUUGAGUGUGAGUAUUGAACCUUCAACUCUGGUUGCUCCUUAUGCAGAUGGUAUUCUCAAUGGUCUUGAGAUUAUGAAACUUGGCGAUUCUAAGGGAAGUUUCGCGGUGAGGGACUUUAAAGUGAACUCCAAGAAGAAAGCUUGGGUGAUUGUAGGAAUUUCUAUUGGGGUGUCAUUUGUUGCUUUUUUUUCGGCUUUGUUUUUGUUUGUCGUCUGCAGAAGAAGAAGAAGAUCGUCAGUUGUGGGCCAUUCAGCAGACGACCAUAUCGUGAACAAUGCAGGUGGGAAUUGUCAAACCCUGGAAAAUAAACAUGCCAGCGGAAUUGCGAUUAUUUCCUGUUCAAAAAAUGGGUAUCGGUUCCCUUUUGUGGCAAUUCAAGAGGCCACUGAUAAUUUCAGUGAAAGUUUGGUGAUUGGGUUUGGUGGUUUUGGGAAGGUCUACAAGGGGGUUUUGUCGGAUGGAACUAAGGUGGCAGUGAAGAGGGGAAUAUCUCAAUCUAGACAAGGUCUUGCAGAAUUUAAAACUGAAAUUGAAAUGUUGUCCCAGUUCCGCCACCGCCAUUUGGUAUCAUUGAUAGGCUACUGCCAUGAGAAAAAUGAGAUGAUCAUAAUUUAUGAGUACAUGGAAAAUGGGGCUCUCAAAAACCAUCUUUAUGGAUCAGAUCUUCCUAGCUUGAGUUGGAAACAAAGGCUUGGAAUUUGCAUUGGUUCAGCCAGAGGACUUCAUUAUCUUCACACGGGGUCCACAAAGCCAAUUAUUCAUCGCGACGUCAAGACUGCAAAUAUACUUCUAGAUGAGAAUCUCAUGGCUAAAGUUGCUGAUUUUGGGAUUUCAAAAGCCAUUUCUGAGAUUGACAAGACACAUGUUAGUACGGCUGUGAAAGGAAGUUUUGGGUAUCUUGAUCCGGAGUAUUUGAAAAGCCAACAACUAACUGAAAAAUCAGAUGUGUACUCUUUUGGGGUUGUUUUGUUUGAAGUUCUUUGUGGGAGGCCUGUCAUCAAUCCAUCGCUUGCUAGGGAAAUGGUGAAUUUGACUGAAUGGGCAAUGGAGUGGGAAAAGAGAGGGGAAUUGAAGAAAGUAAUAGAUCCUUGUCUCAAAGGGGACAUUAAACCGGAUUCUUUGUUGAAGUUUGGGGAAACUGCUGUGAAAUGCUUGGCUGAACAUGGGGUUAAUCGGCCUAACAUGGGAGAUGUGCUGUGGAAUUUGGAAUGUGCACUUCAACUUCAGGGAAAUGAUGAGAGACCUAAUUUGAAUGGUGAUAGUGAUCCAUUACCUGACAACGUCUGUCACUUUGAGACUAGCAUUUCUUCCUCACAAUUCAGUGUGGGCAGCGCCCACAGUCUUGCUGAUGUUUCAAUGAGUAGACUGUUUUCCCAAAUGGUUAAAGCCGAAGACAAGUAGACAGACUGAAGUGAGAAAAUGAAAACCGGAAGACUAAACAUUUUACCGUGCACAUUUCUUUCCUCACACUGGAUAUGGCAGGGUGCAUGGCCCGAAAGUGCAAGUUCAAGUAAGUUGUAGUUGACCUCCUAUACAUGAAAUGGUAGGUAGAGGCUGUGUCCCUGUGAAAUAAGCUCGAGUUUUCAACCCUUGAGUUAGAUUAGUUUGUCACUCGUCAAGGUUACACAUUGUGCUGAUUGUGCUUCUGUGUUACCUUUUUCUUUUGCCAGAUUGAUGAUUUCUCUUUAUUAAUAAGAAUUACAUUCCAUACCCAAUAA